AUGGCGGCGCGGCUCCACUCCAAGACGCUGUCGGCCGCCGCUCUGGCAGCGGCCAUCGCGCCCACGCUCUUUGGCUCCUCCAUGGCCGAUCGGCGGGCCAUGGAUCUGGGGAGUGGGAAGAUGGCGAUGGUCGUGCAGCACCGCCACUUGCAGCACGUCGCCCUGGCGCCCGCAGUGGCCGAGGAGUCGCGGGCGAGACGCUCGCCCAACAGGCGGAACGGGACGGAAAGAGACGUUUCCGAGCCGAGGUGGCCGGGCCAGAACGGGACCUUGGCCUUGGAGGUGGAGAGGUUGAACAGGACGAUUCUGGACGUGCCGAACGAGACAGCGAUGGAGGAGAUGGUGGAGCGGGAGAUCGAGAGGAUGAUCGAUUCGAAGCAGACCGUCGGGAACAAGACGUUGUUAGUGAUGCGGGACAGUUCUGCGGUGCAUCAGGUGUGGAGGAAGGUAGACCAGAUGGUCCGGGCGAGCCGCUUGAAGGCGGCAAUGCGGCUGUGUGCCAUCGGCAGGGCGCCGGGCGGUGCGCGCGCGCUGCUGCCUGCCGUGCCCGGCGUCGCCCUUGCCUUGGAGCGCGAUGCGGACAAGAGGGUGCGGACCAGGGCUCUGACGGUUUUGGGGCUGGCCGGGCCCGAGCUCGUCGAGCGGAAGGCGACCGUCGUCAUGCAGGUGCUGCAGGCGGCCAGGGAGGACAAGGAGGCGGCCAAGGAGGUGCGCGUGGCAGCCUUGGAGGCAUUGCCGCAGUUGCUGAGGCACGAGGACGCCGCACAGGCCGUGCCCGUCAUUCUGCAGGCGGCGACCGAGGACACCGAGGGGAAAGUGCGCGCGGCGGGCGUGGAUGCUCUGGCGAGGCUGGUCGGGCCCUUGGCCAUAGAGCAGGCAGCGGACGCCUUGCUGGUAGCGGCGGCCAACGACACGGAGCCGCUCGUGCGCGAGGCGGCCCUGAAUCAUCUGCCAAUGCUCGGGCCCAGGUCCGCAGAGCGGUCCGUGGCCGUCGCCCUGCGCGCGGUUGCCGACGAGAAAGACAAGGAGGUGCGGCAGGUGGCCCUGAAGGUUCUGCCGAUGCUGGGCGGCAUUGGGGCCGCCGAGCAGACCAUGAUCAACCUGUCGCGGACGCUCACCGACCGCCCGGACUGCUCCAACUGCUGGAGCAAGGAGAGGGCCGUUCGGAUCCAUAAGACAUUCGUGACUUUGACGAGGCUCUCUGAUCUCUUCUGGAGACUUGAGCCAGCGGCCCUGAAACCGUUGGUGCCCACGCUGGUGGUCGUACUGAGGGAAUCCCUGCCGUACCUAUCGUUGAGUAUGAUCAGCGGCAACGCCCAUGUACCAGCAAAAGAAGUUGCAGUCAUGGUCGGCCGUGCGCUGGCCAAGGUAGCCUCGGCGGCUGGGACCGAUGUGUUGAACCUCCUGAACAAGGCGGAGCACGAGCCGGACGUGGACGAUACUUAUCUGAGCUAA